AUGCCAUGGCUCGCUCCUGAAGCAGCAGCUGAGUUGCGCCAAGCAGAUGGGUUGCGCCGAUCAGCUGGGUUACGCCGAUCAGCUGAGUUGCGCCGAGCAAUUGAGUUGCGCCGAUCAGCCGAGUUGAGCCAAGCAGAUGAGUUGCGCCGAGCAGAUGAGUUGCGCCGAGCAGAUGAGUUGCGCGGAGCAGAUGAGUUGCGCCGAGCAGAUGAGUUGCGCCGAGCAGCCGAGUUGCGCCGAGCAGAUGAGUUGCGCCGAGCAGAUGAGUUGCGCCGAGCAGAUGAGUUGCGCCGAGCAGCCGAGUUGCGCCGAGCAGAUGAGUUGCGCCGAGCAGAUGAGUUGCGCCGAGCAGCUGAGUUGCGCCGAGCAGAUGAGUUGCGCCGAGCAGAUGAGUUGCGCCGAGCAGAUGAGUUGCGCGAAGCAGAUGAGUUGCGCCGAGCAGAUGAGUUGCGCCGAGCAGCCGAGUUGCGCCGAGCAGAUGAGUUGCGCCGAGCAGAUGAGUUGCGCCGAGCAGCCGAGUUGCGCCAAGCAGAUGAGUUGCGCGGAGCAGCUGAGUUGCGCGGAGCAGCUGAGUUGCGCCGAGCAGAUGAGUUGCGCGGAGCAGAUGAGUUGCGCCGAGCAGAUGAGUUGCGCCGAGCAGAUGAGUUGCGCCGAGCAAAUAAGCGCAUCCUCGUGCUCGCUAGUCAUGAACCGUCUCGAGAAUGCCGAGCAGCUGAGCUGUCUCCUUCAGCUUGCCUGCACCGAGCAGCUGAGUUGCGCCGAGUAGAAGCAGAUAAGCUGCAUUCUCGUGGAUGCGAUAACAGUGCUGACAGCGGGCCUUGUGGCACUGGCGCUAUGGGCGGCGCUGUGGUUGCAAGACGAACGCUAUGGGCGGCGCUGUGGUUGCAAGACGAAGUGCAGUUGCUAGCAGCACCCCAGGGCACAUGCCCCUCCCUCCCAGACUUCCCCCCAGAGGAGGCUGAUGUGCUGGGGAGGGUGCCGCAGUAUGGGAAGUUUGACCUAAGCGCGCCGAUGGUGGGGAAAUAUCUAAAGCUUAUACACAAGUAUUUGGAGCCGUGGCAGCCUAUACCGGGAAUUGAAUCUGGUUUGGGCCAUACCGGCUUCGUCACUCCCGAGGCUCUCUACCGCUUGGCUCGGCAGCCGUCUGUCAUGUCAUGUUCUGGCCAUGUCAAGGUGAUUAACGGAAAGGUGUAUUUCCGGUACGGGGGCUUCUGGCACGUCUACUACCGCCUCAACCGCUUCCUCCAAACAGUGAAGAUGAUUCAAGACGCUAUAGACGUGUACGGUUUGACAGACCUUCGCCUGGAGAUGAUUGUCAACACGUGCGACCACCCGCAGUCCUUCUACAGCAGCCACUGGGCCGACCGCGCUGGUUACCCAGUGAUGAGCAUGGGCUUCACGGUCGAUACCAUGGACAUACCCAUCCCUGACCCACUGGAUUUGACAGAAGACUACACGCCGGACCUCAGCACCCAGGUCCCAUGGGAAAGGAAAGAAGCUCGCGCUGUAUUUCGGGGGAAAACGACCAACUUUGACAUGCUGGACGGGAACUGGGGCGCCAACCCCCGUGUGCGGCUGCACCGGCUGUCAGACGUUCACUCGGCGCUGAUGGAAGCUCACAUCAACGCGUGGAGCCAUGCCAAGCCGGCGGUUAUCAAGGCCAUGGCGGAGGAUGGGCUGUUGCUGGCCAAGCGCAUGAACUUCACCCAGUUCAAUGCAUUCAAGUACCAGGUGAUCGUGGAUGGGGGAGGGGGUAGCUGCAGAACAUGCGGAGUGUUGAGAUCGAAUCAGCUGAGCAUUCGCCAGGAGACGCCCCUCUUCCAGUUCUAUGAGCCUCUGCUGGAGGACGGGGUGCACUGGCUAGCUACCACACGCACGUUCUCCGAUCUCCCUGCCAAGAUCCGAUGGGCUCAAGAGAACGACGACGCGGCACAGCGGCUGGUGCAUGCAGCGAACCACAUGGCGCAGUAUGCGUGCACGUGGAGUGGCAGGCGGCUGUACUGGGCGCUGCUGUUGGUGAAGUACCAUGACGUGCUGCAGGACCCCUCGGCCAUCACCGAACCCACAGCCAACGAGAUCUGCACCAAGCAACCCCUCCUCCAGCCCCCUCCCAACGCCACCAACCCUGCUCUGGUUCACUGUGCCGAUCCUGAUGCGCCCAAGCACCAACCCGAUUGCGCCUUCUUCUGUGCCAAGGCCACCAUUCCCGACUCGGGCCUCAUCUGGCUGCGAGCAGACGUGCUUCGAGGGCUCAAGAAGAUUGGUCCUCCGUGA